AUGGGCAGCACUUUCGACAAAACAGCCGACAUCAAGGAUGUGAAUGUGCGGAAUGAGGAGUAUCAAAAAGCAGACCAGCGUGAGCAGAACGACAUCAACAAAUUUCGGGAUGAAGUUAUGAACGCCCUGCAGGGUGAGAGGCGCGAGUACUGGGACACAAAGGUCGGUUUCAAGCAUGUGCAGUCUCGCGUGCAUGAGAUGUCCCUUGGAAUGGACAUGUCCAACUUGCCUCGAAUCAUCAGCCAGAUCCAACAGAGCCAAAGCAAGGUCGAGUUGGCAUUGCAUAAGACUGCGGCCGAACGAAAGAUCACCGAUCCAGAAGUACUGAAAAGUCGAUGCAGCAAGUUGGUCUCAGCCCUUCUCGCCGACACGGAAAAGUUUGUCAGUCGAUCACCCGGUCAAUGCCUUUCGCUCCAUCUGUCCUCUUGUCGUGCACUCGAGACCGCGAAGACUCUCUUGCAAGAGGAGGAAGAGUUCAUGCAGGCUGCGGCCUCCUUCUCGUCGGACUCCAUGAAGGCGGCAUGGAACGAGAGACGGAUGUCGAUCAUCGACUACAGCCGCGCCGACGAACAGGCACCGGAUGAGUUCAGUGACUUCUACAAGGGGAUUCUGGAAAAAAAGGAAUUUCUAAGCCAGGUUGCGCAAAGCGAGGAUCCCCUGAUUGCUGGAGCCGCGAUGACACGGGCAGCUGAGUUCUUCGAGUUCAUGGCGCUGCAGUACAUGUACUUUGAUGCUGGGAGCGAACGUAG